AUAAAAAGUGUUCAUUUUUCAUCACUACCAUUAACUUCCGACGCACGCAUAUGCCACCGCCAUGACCUCCACCGCAACCAAAAAUCCCUCCGCCGUCCGCCACCAUCAACCGCCACCACCACCAUCAUUGACCGACGUAGACAUAGUUCAAUUAGCUCAACUAUAUCACCCACAAUCCUCCACUCCACUACCCCAAUUUCUCCUCUCCGUCGACUCUCACCAAACCCUCAUAUCCUAUCUCCACUCACGCGCUUCUUCUCCAAACCCUUCACUCGCCGUCUCCGAAUACCUCUCAGCUCUCCUCUCCCUUACGCAACUCCACUCUUCACUUUCCCCACUCGUCCCUCUUCUUCUUUCUUCCUAUAUUUCCCUUUUCACUUCCCACAAAAUCCCCCACGAUAAAUCCUCUCUCUCCAUUUUCCAACUUUUCGUGUCCCAUAUAGAAACAGUCCAAAUCCAUGAUCUAACGACAAUAGUCGAUUUGAUUAUAUCUUAUUUACCUCAGAUUAUUGGGUCUGAGGAUACUCAUGUACUAACUAUACUUGCUAAAUGUAUAGAGCUGAUUAGGUUUUCAAAUGAUGUUGAUAAGCCUUUGGAAUAUGUCGAUAAGGUGUUUGAUGAAAUUCUUAGCUGUGAUUGGAGUAAGGUUUUGUUGUUAAAAUUGGUAGAAAGUGUUAGGGAUUUGAAUUUCAUUGGGAAGGGGAAGAGGAGGGAAUUUUUGGAGCGGGUGUUCAGUGGAAUUAGGAAUGUGGACAUGCAGGAUUUGCCCGGGUUGGUGUAUCAAUUGUUGGUAUUGGGAUCAAAGGGUUUUGGUAAGAAGGAAGUCAUCGAAGGGAUUGUGAUGUAUUUUGGUGGGGUGAAGUCAGGUGGUUCAAUAAUGAGACAAGUCGAAGGGACUGUGUUGCUUCAUGUUAAUUUUGCUGUGAAGCAGGAUCCUUCUUUAGGACAAGAGGUGUUAGGGCUAGUGAGGUCAGAUUAUCGGGUAUUUAAUCAUUUUACUGUUGCAAUAUUGUUGUCAGUUGCUAGAGUUAAGAGACUCACUGACAGCUCCAUUGCGGUUCUAAAAACAUCACUUUUUGCUGCUUAUAAAGACUUGAAAUUUGCCAGGAGCUGUAAAUGGCUAUCAUCUGACUUGAAGGAACACUAUUUGCAUACUGCCAGAAACAUGGAGAAGGCUGUGCUAAGAGCUGUUAGUGAGAGCAACUGCGGAAGAGAACACGUAGUGCCAAGUACCGUACAACUUGGAUUUGUGUUGCUUGAAGGAAUCGAAGAAGGAACCAAAAAUUAUGAAAAGUCUGAUGAUAUGAUAGGUCCUGACAAGCUAGGUACUCAGGUUCUCAAGAGUCUAUUUGAGGUUCAUGAUAUGGCAAGAAACGAGAUAAUAGAGCAAUGCAAACUACGUAUCCUCUCUUUGAAGCCUGAACAAGGCUUUCCUGUUAUAAGACUGCUUGGUUGUCUUAUAUGUACUUAUCCAUACCCAAUGUUGGAGCACAUUUCACAUCUGAAGGAACUGUUGGAUUAUUUCAUAUUCAUGAAUGAAAAGGUCUCCUCUCAUCUUGUUGCUGCCCUUUUGCCUCUAAUCAGAUCAAGCCAUGAUCUUCAGGAUUAUACCAUCUUGGUCUUGCGUAAGGCAAUGUUUAGACGAGAAGACUCGAUCCGUCUUGCUGCAACAAGUUCAAUUAUCAAUUUGAUAUUGGCUGAAAAACAAUCAAAGAAAAAUGGACCAUUUUCGUGUCAAGACUCAAGCAGUCAAGCGAGUAGCAGCCAGCAAGCUGAA